AUGCGCGGCCACCAGCAGCACCUCUCCUCCCCCACCGCCGUGCUGGGCCACGCCACGCCGCAGCUGCGCGACCUCUACGCGCUCGGCCGCAAGCUCGGGCAGGGCCAGUUCGGCACCACCUACCUCUGCACGGACCUCACCACCGGCACCGCCUUCGCCUGCAAGUCCAUCGCCAAGCGCAAGCUGCUCACCCCCGAGGACGUCGACGACGUCCGCCGCGAGAUCCAGAUCAUGCACCACCUCGCCGGCCACGACAGCGUCGUCACCAUCAAGGGCGCCUACGAGGACCCGCUCUACGUCCACAUCGUCAUGGAGCUCUGCGAGGGCGGCGAGCUCUUCGACCGCAUCGUCGACCGCGGCUACUUCUCCGAGCGCAAGGCCGCCGAGAUCGCCCGCGUCAUCGUCGGCGUCGUCGAGGCCUGCCACUCGCUCGGGGUCAUGCACCGGGACCUCAAGCCCGAGAACUUCCUGCUCAAGGACCGGGGCCACGAGGCCUCCCUCAAGGCCAUCGACUUCGGCCUCUCCGUCUUCUUCAAGCCCGGCCAGGUCUUCACCGACGUCGUCGGAUCCCCCUACUACGUCGCCCCCGAGGUGCUCUGCAAGCACUACGGGCCCGAGGCCGACGUCUGGACGGCGGGGGUCAUCAUCUACAUCCUCCUCAGCGGCGUGCCGCCCUUCUGGGCCGAGACGCAGCAGGGCAUCUUCGACGCCGUGCUCAAGGGCGCCAUCGACUUCGACUCGGAGCCCUGGCCCAGCAUCUCCGACAGCGCCAAGGACCUCAUCCGCCACAUGCUGCGCUCGCCGCCGGCCGACCGCCUCACCGCGCACCAGGUGCUCUGCCACCCCUGGAUCUGCGAGAACGGCGUGGCGCCGGACCGGGCGCUCGCCCCGGCCGUGCUCUCCAGGCUGAAGCAGUUCUCGGCCAUGAACCGCCUCAAGAAGAUGGCGCUGCGGGUGAUCGCCCAGAACCUGUCGGAGGAGGAGCUCGCGGGGCUCAAGGAGAUGUUCAAGGCCAUGGACACGGACGGCAGCGGCGCCAUCACCUUCGAGGAGCUCAAGGAGGGGCUGCGCCGCCACGGCUCCAACCUGAGGGAGAGCGAGAUCCGGGACCUGAUGGACGCGGCGGACGUGGACAGGAGCGGCACCAUCGACUACGACGAGUUCAUCGCCGCCACCGUGCACAUGAGCAAGCUGGAGCGCGAGGAGCACCUGCUGGCCGCAUUCGCCUACUUCGACAAGGACGGCAGCGGAUACAUCACCGUGGACGAGCUGGAGCAGGCCUGCAGGGAGCAAAACAUGACGGACGUCGGCAUCGACGACAUCAUCAGGGAGGUGGACCAGGACAACGAUGGCCGCAUCGACUACGGCGAGUUCGUUGCCAUGAUGAAGAAGGGCAUCAUCGGCCACGGGAGGCUCACCAUGAGGCACACCUCCGACGGCAGCGUCCUCCAGGGCGCCGGCUAGCUAGCUUAGCCACCGUACCUGAUCGAUCAGUGCUCUCCAUCGGCUUAAUUAGCUUGCUCAUCUAUCUGAUAUAUACAUACACAUAUGACCCCGGGGCGGCCCUCGUGAUCUGCCGCCCAACCCAACCCAAUUCAUCCAUCCAUCCAUCCAGCUUCAUAACAACUGCUAGCAGCUAGUUAUUAUGCAGAUUUAAUUAGCUUCAUCUGAUCGAGGAAUAUAUAAUAAGUUGAACGUCGCGAUCGA